GGUGUCGGAAGCGGAUCCCGGCGCGGCGAAGGGGCGCUGCAGCCGCGCCGCUCCCAGCCUGCCCCGCUCGUUUCCGGAGUUGCCUGCGCCCGGCGCCGGGAAGAUGUUGCCUUUAUCCAUCAAGGACGAUGAGUACAAACCACCCAAGUUCAACCUGCUCAGCAAGGUCUCGGGCUGGUUCAGGUCCAUCCUGUCCGACAAGACCUCGCGGAACCUGUUCUUUUUCCUCUGCCUCAAUCUCUCCUUCGCCUUUGUGGAGCUGCUCUACGGCAUCUGGAGUAACAGUUUAGGUCUAAUAUCAGAUUCCUUUCAUAUGUUCUUUGACUGUACUGCUCUACUGGCCGGAUUAGCAGCUUCAGUCAUUUCAAAGUGGAGAUCAAAUGAUGCUUUCUCAUAUGGGUAUGUUCGAGCAGAGGUACUGGCUGGUUUUGUAAAUGGUCUGUUUCUGAUCUUCACAGCAUUCUUCAUUUUCUCUGAAGCCGUUGAGAGAGCAUUGGAGCCUCCUGAUGUGCAUCAUGAGAGACUUCUUCCUGUGUCUAUAUUAGGAUUCCUUGUGAAUCUUAUAGGAAUAUUUGUUUUUCAACAUGGAGGCCAUGGACACUCACAUGGCUCUGGGCAUGAGCACAGUCAUUCUCUAUUUAAUGGCGUUCUCAGCCAUGGACACAGUCACGGAGGUCACGGUCACAGCCAUGAAUCCAAACAUGGCCAUGGGCAUUCUCAUGAUCACAGUCAUGGGAAGGGACACUCACACAAUCAGGAGUUUUGUCAUGAUUAUCACUCGCUUGAAGGGGCUGCAGGAUCCAACAGACAGAUUUUAGAAGGUGUAUUUUUACACAUUGUCGCAGACACUCUUGGAAGUGUUGGUGUAAUCGUAUCAGCUAUACUGAUGCAGAACUAUGGACUAAUGAUAGCAGAUCCUAUCUGUUCAAUGCUCAUAGCUCUACUUAUAGGAAUAAGUGUUGUUCCACUUUUAAGAGAGUCCAUUGGAAUCUUAAUGCAGCGAACUCCACCUUCCCUGGAAAGUGCCCUGCCUCAGUGCUAUCAGAGGGUUCAGCAGUUGCAAGGAGUUUACAGUUUACAUGAUCCACACUUCUGGACCCUUUGUAGUGACGUUUACAUAGGGACCUUGAAACUAUUUGUAGCUCCUGAUGCUGACGCCAAGUGGAUUCUAAGCCAAACUCACAAUAUUUUUACUCAGGUAUGUCUGCCUGCUUAUAGUCGCAUGCUUGGAUACCAUGGUGAUGUGUAUGAUAGAGAAAACAUGGAUGUAAAUAUAAAAAUAGAGCAACAAAAUAUUUAUAAAAGUAACAGCUCUGUGUUGUCUUUAACACCAAACUAAAUACAGUUGUUGUUUUAACUUAUGAUUAACUCCAGCUACCAGAAGCAGGAUGGUUAAACUGAAACCUGUUCAAUAUAUGUGGCCCAUUCCUCUUCAUCACUCUCUUUACUGCCUCUUAAAAGGAGACAUGACACCAGAAUGCUGUAGUCUUAGACCUGCAUUGAAGCCUUAUGUUGACAUACCAGGGACAAAGAAAAGAGAUGAGGUUUUCAGGAUAAGAUGUCUGACCACAGAGACUAACCCUACUUCUGUAUCCACUGUGAUGCCUCUGUAUUGACAUUCACUUCUGUUGCUCUGAGAAGCCACGUUUUCUGCAUGCUUUGUUGCCUUUAGCAACUUCCAGGCAGUGGUGGCCACUAACGUCAACAUUCACCAACCAUUACCACAUGCUGGUUUGAGAUCGUUGCAUUUCCCCUUUUCUUAGACUAAUAACUUCUGUAUCUUAAGCUGUAUGGUAAAAGUGGUUCCAGCUAAGGUUAGACGACCAAAAUCAAUACAGACCACAUGAGCACUUCAUCAGAAAUUGAUAUCGUCUGGUUAAAGGAAGAGAAAACAACAACCAAAGCUAGUUUUUCUAUCACUGACACAUUAAAAGGAAAGGCAGUGAGAUUCAAUUGGCUAUCUAUAGCUAAGAUCGGAAGUCCGUAAGAAAUGAUGCCACAGUUUUAAAAAAAAAUAAUUAAUGGUAUCUGCUACAUUUACUCUAACAAACUACAUUUCACCUGUUAUAUCCAACCUGUAAGACAUCUUACCUUGACCAGGAUCUGACACUCAAAUGUUACAAGGUGCUGUGUACCAUUCAGUUCUCAAAAUGGUAAAUAUCUGGGUGCUUGAAAUAAUAUAGAGCUCCAAUGUGUUUCCCCUUCCCCGAUUUCACUCUAAUGCAAUAGAAAGUUUUCUCUAGGAAAAAAAAGAUCUUUUGCAUGUUUCAUGAAUAAAAGCCAAUAUACUUAUCCCUCACUGUUCUGUAGCUUCCAAAAAAUCCAGGCUUGUACCGUGUUUUUGACUCUUGGAAGUGAACAGGUUCACAGUGAUGCUGUUUCUGGAUAGACAUCCUAUGUGUCCCUGUCAGACUAAGAGCCAUCCUAUGUCUGGUCUGUUGGGAGGAUGCCUUCCUUCAGAUACCUGUGCCUCACCAAUACAGGAAAUUCUUAGAUUGUAGAAUUGUAGAUGAUGAGUAGCAUCGGUUCAGCUUUGAAUUGGCCUCUGCCUGUACAUAUUCCCCAGAGUUAACUGUAUUCUAGAAUUCAUCAAAUUCGAGUAGCGUUGUUUGAAAAGUUCAGAUAGGAACUUACAUGUACUACUUUGUCUCCACACUGUUUUACUUAAGAGUGCACAGUGCAUCUGCAUUAAAUGGAGGCUUUAAUUCCAAAAGCUGACCCUAUGCAAGACUGAGAUGAUGCAGACAGGAGGAUGGGAAUGCUUCCAAGAACUUGCUUUCUCUGUACCUCUCUCACAGUGAAGGGCAUCUGCACUCAGAUUUUUGAUUCACCAACUUGCACUUACAUGCCUGACUAGUCAUGGUAGCAGAAAAUGCAGUCCUGAUGUGAAGCUUAAUGCAAAACUCAUUUAUUUGGCUUAAGCUUUUCUGCAAAAAAAGUCACGUGCAGGGAACCACACGUGAACCUUUGAAAACAAAGCUGUAAACUAACCAAGUUACUUCUGUUACAAGGUGUGAAGAAAGUAAGGGAUUGUUGUAAUGUCUAGUCUUAAAUCCUUGCGAUGCACUCAGAAGCACCGUGAUAGUGAAGAGAGGGAGAGCAGCGUAUAAAUACCUAGGUAAAUAGUAAGGGAUGAAACCUUUUAUACAUGGGCUUCAAACUUAAUUUACCUUUCAGUUGUUGCAUACUUUUUCUUGCCCUGUUUUGUAACUAUAGUAAUAAUCUGACAAUAUUUUAUUAAAUAAAGUGGUGAUAUUCAAUAUGUGACAUAACAUUACAUGAUAAUGAACUGAUGAGCCCAUAAACCUAGGAUUAACUUCAGUGAGAUCAACAACAGAGAGACAAGAUGAUGAAGGGAAGGGAGUUUUAUUCAAGCCCAAAUAUUUAUAAUGUCAGUGAGGAAAACAGGAAAUUGCCUGGGUCAGUUAAAAAGGUGUUUGUAGAAAUGUUCUUUUCAGAUGUGCUCCAGUGGGAAAGUGUUAACUCUGUCCUUGUAUCUUGCAACAGCCUCAUUUAUGGUGCAACAGAUUGUUUGUACAUCUGGUGAUGUUUCUGAUUACCAGACUAGACAAAGCUCCUGGGUCCUUGGGAAUUCUUUCUAUGAGCUACAAUAAAUCCCAACUAGGACCUAGUCCUUUGAAUUCUGUUUCUAAUGCAUACAGCAUAUCGAGUCCCUUGGGCCUGACUACACAUGAAGCAGAUGCACUGCCUGAAUAACUUUGUUAUCUGUAAAUGUUGCUACCUCAUUACUCACUCUACUUUCCAGAUCACUUAAUUUGCUUUUUAUUGUGGGACCCAUGUUGUCUGAAUCUGCUCAAUAAUAUUUAAUUUUACUAUCUGGUUAUGUUCAGGUUUUUACCAUCUAUUACUUGGUGCCGCAGACACUUUGUGUAGUGCAUGUAUUUAGGCAACACAUUGGUACCUCUAUCAACACUGCCUCCAUUUUUAGUGAAAAGAUGUUUUUGAAGUCUUUGCUGCACUGAACCAACUUAAAGAAUCCUGAACCACGUGAACUUGAGGAGCCAGUAAAAAUAAAUGCUUAUUGAUAUUAGUUCCUUGCUUUCUAGCUUGUAUGAUGGAACAUAAAGAGGUUGUGCACUGAUUUCAAGUAGACCUAGAAUCAAGCUUAUAAAUAAAUCUGUGCUGUCUGAGAAGUUCCGGCAUAUAUGAAUCUAGUUCAGCAAAUAACUAGGAGGCAGCAGGCAAGCAGGCAUGUUUUUGUACAACAAAACAGCUAAUGUGUUGGACAGGUCAGUCUGAAGAUGGCUUACAUAUGUGGGAGGGCUGAUUCUUGGGAAAGCUAGUUUGGCUUUGGGGGCAGUCUGUUUGGAUGGACAGACUUGUAAUUAUUUUGUCAUUUCAAAUCUCUUGAAUCUCCAGUGAGAGAGAUUAUUUUGCUAGCAAGAUGUCAGCUAUUCCAUAUGUUCAUUCUAGUGGUUGGUAUCAAAUGGACUUCGGAGAAAGGAUACAUCUUCCUUCCCUUUUGAUAUGUGGGAGUAGGUGAAGGUACAGUUGGAACAAGCAUUUUUGAGUAGUAGUGGAGAUCAUAGUUCUUAAAGUUGUAAUUUGGCAGGUUAGUCAAAGUGACCUCAGAUGUUCAGUAUGCAUUAUUGCUGAAACAAAGUGCACUGCACUUCAGGGACCCAGACAAGUUAUGUUUUCUCAAGUGUGGUUCUGUUCCUAAAGACUCAAGUCAAGUGAUUCCAGAGUAUGGCAAAUCUGUGACUGAGGGCUUGUCCGUGAGUCAUACCAGUAUAAAGUAAGGUAUCAAUGUAAACUGCUAUAACACUCUGUGUGGACAUUCUUAUUCCGGAGUAAAUAUGGCUUUUCCUGGUUUAGUUUAUGCCACUUUGGAAGUAGUUUAAGUUAAACAGGAAAAAGCUAUUCUUACUCCACGCAGAAUGUACUCUUGUCCACAUGAUGACUAUAGCGGUUUAAUUAUACUGGUAUAACGUCCUAUUUAGACAAGUCCUGAGAGGCAGAUGUGGAUGUUUUGAUUAUUUGCAUGGAAGCUUAGAAUUUUUUGUGUAGAUCUUGAGCUCACUAAAAGUUGUCUUCCACUACUGUAGCCAUCUAAGCGCCUAGUUGACAUUAAUCUGAUUCUCAGCAAUGUGUUCUCUGUCAGACUAUUUUUAUUAUCUUUCUCCCGAAGAUGAUUCUGCAUAUGAACUACGUACACCACUUUUGCAGCUAGCAACCUGACUUUAAGGGUUAAUAGUCUCUUAAAUAAUUUACUCGUAAUUUUAUAUAUAACAAUGGCAGAGCUAAGGGCAUUCCCUAAAUUGAAUCUCUUGAGAUUUUUUGAGCAGAGGGGUGAUUUGCAAUUUAUGUACUCAUUGAGCAUUACCAAAAGUUAUUUUGCUGUUUCACAUUACACUAUGGCUGUGCCUGUCUUCUCUACAAAUCCCUAUUAUGCUAUAGGACAGUUUCAUAGCUCAAACUUUGACACAUCCUUAUGCUUUGCUUCACUUGAACUGGCAUCUGUUCUAACGGUUAAAAACACAGACUUUUAAAAAAUUUAUGUCCCAUGAUCUUUAGAUUGUGGUUGAAGAACUUGUGCUUUAAGAUAAGCUUUCUUUUAACACUGUAGAAGCCCUACACAUCUUUAACUCAUGCACUAAGUUUGGUAGAAUCAUUACUAUAGAACAAGCUAUCAAAUAGAUUUGUUUGUUCACCAAAUAAAAGUAUGUAAGUAUAAUAGCAUUUGGAACUGGGGUACAGUUGUGUGGGUCAGGAUUGUUCAGUUUUCUAAUUCUCCCUCUUUUGUUACAGGCAGGAGUCAGACAGCUUUAUGUACAGAUUGACUUUGCAGCCAUGUAGUGAACAUCAUAAAUUGAGUUCUUUGGACCAAAGUUUUCUGGUACUGUAAUGGUAUAAAACAUUGUACUCUUCAAGACAGAGCCACCGCCACCCCAGUUAACCAAGACCAAAUAGACUGCUGCCUUUUGGCUACUUCUGGAGUUCACGUUUGAGUAAAAACUGAAAGGAUGCAUCUUGGACUUCUGGGCUUGUCUUUUGUGGCCCCCAAACUUUUUUUUCAUUCUGUGAGGUUGUUGUUUUUUUACUUAUUACAAUUGUUCCAACAGGAAACUAAGAUUGUGGGACUGCAAGUUCUGGUCAUGUCUUUAAUGAAGGGCUUGUCUAAACAAAAAAAUUAGUUCAUAGCAAGCUGGGGGUGAAUCUACUCUGCACUAGCCUGCUGCAGACUAACUGCCCAUGUUGCUCCUGCCUUUAUGUAUUAACAAUUUGCUACUGCACUUUGAUCUAGUCCUGUUAUGAAGAGGACUAGAUCUAAGCAUGUGUCAGCAGGGUCCAUAUCGCCAGUUAGUCCCUAGCAGGCUAGCCGAGUAGAUUCACACCCCAGCUUGCCACAAACUAACUGUUCAAAUAAACAAGCCUGAAAGCUGCUUGUUCCCACAAAACCAGUGUUAUCAGAAAUUAGAGAGCGGUCUUGUACAUAAUGUCACAAUGGGUGGCAUUCUUCGUUAUAAUGGUAUGUUUGUAAAAUUGUUUGUACUUUGCAAACUUAAUGAACCAAACCAUAUUGGGUUUUCAAAGUGCCUUUAUAUCAGAAAAAGUAUUUGCCAGCAUCAACGUGGAACAUGAAGGGUUUUUAUUACUUUUAUGGUGACAGCUUGUUCACAAUCUUAUUCUCGCUAGUGGUAUAUGUGACUGUGUACUUGUGUAACUGUAGAUUUUAGACUCCCUUUUACUGUUGCAUCUUAUCAAAUGAACUGGAGUGAAAUUCGUUUAAUUUACAUUACAAGUUAAAGCUAUUGUGGGAAACUUGCUUUCAAAACAUCUAUUUGCUAUAUAUAUAUAUAUAUAUAUAUAUUUUGUCCUAAGAGUUCUUUUAACCAAAUUAAACAUUCAACCCUG